CUAAUGCAGGGCUGCUCACUGGGCUCUGUCAGUUCUCAGGCUGAGCUGGGGCUUGGAUAUUAUAUUAUACGUGCCUCAGCAGUGUGUUCUCACUCUGGCUGGGCAGAAACUUUCCACAGCUAAGGGGGGAAAGGGUGGGGAAGAACGACUGUCCUGAGGACACCCCUCACUUGCAGGAUAUGGAGGGCAGACUAGCAGAGACCAAGCCAGAGGUGGAGAACUCAGCAUCCCUAUCCGUGGCUCAGUUGGCAGGAAAGUUCAAGGAGCAAGCAGCCACCAUUUCUGGAAAGGAGGUACCAGGUAAUAAACCAACCCGGAGGAAACCACCAUGCUCCCUUCCCCUACACACCCAAAAGGUGGAGCUGGGCCACAAUGGGGAGCCGAAGCAGUCUCCAAAUGCUUGUCCCCUUCCCAGGAUCAAGGUGAAAAGCUCGCCCCUGAUUGAAAAACUGCAGGCCAAUCUGGCAUUUGCUCCAGCUGCCCUGGUGCCAGGUACAUCUCCAAAAAGCCCAGGUCUGAAAGUCAUACCAUCUCCCUUUAGCACUCCCCCUUCAACUCCCAGUAGCCCUGGCAUCCAGUCCCAUUCCAGUGAAUCGGAUGAGACACCAGUCAGUUUUGAUCAACCACCAGAGGGCACUCACCUGAAGUUUUAUAACAAGGUGCGGACACGGGGAUCACUGAAGCGCAGACCCCCCUCCAGGAAAUUCCGAAAGUCUCAGUCAGACUCCGGAGAUGGUGAAGAUUUAAGGGUGACUGGAUCAUCUCAAGAAAAUGGGGCCAAAGAAGAGGAUGGUGAUGAGGUAUUCGUGCCUAAGAAUCAGAAAGAAGAGUUGCAGUCACCUAUAUGUGGAACAGACAGUAAACUGAUGCAGAAACAGAUAGGAUCCAAUGAAAAGCCACCCUCAGGCAGAGGGUCCAGGACAGAAAACAAAGAGGAGAGAGAAAAAGAAAUGGAGGCAGUGAAACCAUGCAAGAGCAGCACAGGAGAUAAGGAGAAACCGUGCCAGAGCACUCCAGGGGAGGAAGAGAAGAAGUCAUCCCAGAGCAUGCCAGAGGAGAAGCCAUGCCCAAGUACCAUGGGAGAUAAGGAUAAGAAGCUGUGCCAGAACACCCCAGAGAAUAAGGAAGGGAGCACCCUGGGGGAAAGGGAGGGUGGCAAUGCCUCUGAACAGGAAAAAAGGAACAAAGAAAAUAAAGAGGUGAAGAAGGAAGAAAACAGUGAGAGCAAAGACAUACAGGAAACAUCAGAUACCCAGGAAAAGUCCCUGGAGAUGGGGCUGUCGCAGGCAACAGCAGACACAGGAACUGCCAGUGAGCAUCAUAGUGUGAUGGCAAUGCAAGAACCGGGCACAGAGACACAAGAGACUUUAAUGUGAAGAGAAGCCAAACAGUCCAAUUAAGGUGCAGCUACUGGAGGACUCUCCCUUGCAACAGAUCAGCAGAAUAUUAAUAACAUCAAAGAUGUUCACUUACCUAUAACAUUCUGUAGCAAAGGGAAGGAGAGACUGGAAUUAAGACUUUUUUUUUUUUUUUUUUUUUUUGCUGCAGGGUUCAAAAAGGAUGUACUGGCUGACUCUUCUUGGGGUAUAUUGAGCAACUUCAUGGCUAAGUCUGGAGACCUGUUGCACAGUAGCUUGGGCAUGACAAACACCACUGUUUCUGGGCCCACUGUUCACCAUUACAGCAGAGUUCCAAAUUUUGUUUGCUCCCUCAUGUUGGACUUUGAUGCAGUUUAUCAGUUUUGGACAUACAUAAAUUGUGCCUUUUAAAUAGCUUCCUUUGAAAUAUUUUCAGUUUUCAAAUGUAAGUAAAUGGAGUUUUUAAAAGUAGGGGGAAAUGAUUUUCUCUCUACACAUAUAUAUGCUGUGUGGCUGACAAUGUGAAUCCUAAAUCUGGAGAAGAUCAUUUUUAAAUGGUUUAUACAGCAGCUUUGAUGAAUAUCUACUUGGACUAGUGUUGGGCUGGCAAAUCUGUAUUUGAAACACCUAACAGCUAAAGAUUAUUUUUCUAUAGGAUUUUUUUUUGUGGUUUUUUUUCGUAUUGGUGAGAAGUAGCAACUGAAGUACCAUAUCCACAGAACACUUACAGCAUGGGAAGUAAUAGUGCAAGCUUUCCUCAUACUACUCCAUCACUGUAUUCAACUGUUACACUUGAUCCUUGCAAGUAAGUCAAUUGUCGUUACAUCUUCAGUCUUUGGACUCUACUGAGACUGCCAACAAGUGGCCAGUUAAAAUCACUUUUAAUUUUUUUGUGAUAUGGACACUUGUUUACUGCAAACUGGACUGAAAUAACCUAUUCAUUUCAUGUAAGCUAGUGAACAGCCUAUGUAUGAUUGAGUUUCACUUAUUAUGGCAGUGGUGGGCAACCCGUGGCCUGUUAGGGUAAUCUGCUGGCAGGCCGCCAGACCAUUUGUUUACAUUUGCAGAGGCACCCGCAACUCCCAGUGGCCAUGGUUCACCUAUUGCCUAGGCUGAACUGGUGAACUAUCAUCCCAUGAAAAAAUUAUUUUAAGGAGCCAGGUUCUCUCCUUAGAGUGGGGGUUCUCAGACUGGGGAUCGUGACCCCUCAGAGGGUCAUGAGGUUAUUACAAGGGGGUCACGAGCUGUUAGCCAUGUGCAGGGUUGGCAGCCCGAGCCCCAUCAGCCCGGCUCCAGCCCCAACCCUGCUCCAGCAUUUAAAAGAGUGUUAAAUAUAAAAUCAUGUGUUUUUUAAUUUAUAAGGGGGGGUCCCACUCAGAGGCAUGCUGUAUGAAGGGGCUCGCCAAUACAAAAAGUUUGAAAACCACUGCCUUAGAGUAUUUAGAAGGAGUGUUUGAAAGGACUGGAUAACAGCAGAAGUACUCAGAUACUAUGGCGAUGAGGCCAUAUAAGCGCUUGGAGCUGGCAUUUAGGGUUCUAUUAAAACUGUCAAAGGACUAGCUGGCUCAGGGGACUAGUUGUGGUUGGGCUAUGGAGCCAUUUACCUCCAGCUUGCAGUAGCUAUUGAUUAGUCUACAUGAAAUGAGUUUGGGGGAGCAUCACAAUCCCUUUGCUGACGGACAGGUGUCCACAUCACUAAAACCACCAGCACACCCAACACCGACCUGACCUGACAGUAUCACUGAAGAGGCCAAAGACUGAAAUGGCCAUGGAGACUGAACUCCCUUUCAUCUUUGAAGCAGCUGCACCAGGCCAGGGGUUAGACACACUGGCAAGGCAGAGAGUGAUGGAACCUGGCUCUGCUGCUGCUGCCUGAGCUGCACCUGCUCUGUGGAUGGAGAUCUAUGAGGCAGAGGCUCAUUCUGUUCUGUGUUUGUACAGAGCCUACCACAGUGGGAUCCUGAACCAUGACUGGAGCCCCUAGGCACUACAGCUGUACAAAUAAAUAAUAUCCUGUGUGUCACCUUUUACCCGCACUAAAGUCAUAAAAAGACAAAUGGGUUUAUGUGUUCUGCCUCCCAUCCUCCCAGGUGAAAGCACUAAGGUAUUGUUCAUUCAAAACCAGUGAAAAGUGAUUGGUGUUGCCAUUUGUACCUAGAAGAGGUUUCUCAGUAUAUGCAACCCUCACACCCUCUCUGAGCCAUGUCAGCAAGCGUCAUCACCUUUGAAAUAUGUUUUAAUCGGCUUGCUUGGACUUGUAUCCCAGGCCAGGCUGCAGGCAUCACUGUAACACUUCUUUUCUCAGCAGAUGUAUCUGGACGUGUGUGAUUGUCCAUUACUGUAUAUAUGCGUGUGCAUGUUUAGAGUAUGUGUGUGCUGGUCAGGAGGGUGGAGUUUGUCCCCCUCAUCUUGAAAAUAUAAUGGAAAAACAGAGGAAAUAAAACAGUGGAGUUGAAAAGAAAAA